AUGGGGUGUACCCGGAACGGGGUGUAUGGGGGGACAUCUGCAGGCAUUGACCCCGUUGUGUCUCAUCAGUGGCGGAGGGAACAGGAAUUCGAUCUCCAGUUGCUGGAGAGGGCGGCUCGGGACGCGGAGGAGAGGGAUUGGGAAGACCAGGACUGGGUUCAGGCCAUCGCUGUCCCCAUCACUGAGAUGGAUCUGGAGCCUCAGGACUACAACCUGGACAUCAGCAAGGAGUUGGCGACUCCAGACAAAGUGGAGAUUCCGGAGAGGUACAUCGAUAUGGACCCAGAAGAGCCGCUGACCCACGAGGAGCUGGAAGCACGACGGCGGAAAGUCCAGAAGAUCAAGAACAUUCUGGCCCGGUCCAGCGUGCACAAUCUGCAGUCGAUGUCCUACCCGGAUGAGAUGAGCCCUUCGGAUAUGGACAGCCAGGUGCAGGAACAGGAGAGGAUGAUCACCAUAUCCUACGCUUUGGCCUCAGAGGCAUCUCAGCGCAGCAAGCAGGUAGCAGCUCACGCUGGCAUUGACCAUUGAGCCCAGAAGACCGAUGAAGGAGCGCCGCCGGAUCUUGCUGGAACGCUGUGCGCGGAUAUAGCGCCUCCGCCUGGUGGUCUUCUUGUGGCAGCACACCGCAGAUGGCUUCUAUUUUAUAUUUGUACAGUGAAGACAUUUCCGCCCAAUCACAGCGCUCUACACUACGAUCAAAUUUCCACAACAAGCCAGCCAAUCGUGUAAAAAAUAUGACGGAUGAAUCAGCGCCGCCUCCCCCCCAACCCAGCGCCGCGCAGAGUCGGGGUGACGACGGCCACGAGGGCAAAACGGAACUGAAAUUUGAGGUUCAUAUAAAGAUUAUCCGUCUCGCCGAUCGGCAUUGUGACAUCACAGGGAGGAUGGCGGUCCGGCUCCCCUG